AUGGAGAGCCCUGAUGAACCAGAGGAGUUUGAGGGAAGUCAUGAGGAGGGAAUUGACUCGCACUCACUGGAUGAAUCUCCAGAGGACUGGGUCACUCAGGGUGUCCAUCCAACUGAACGGGGAUCUGCGGAACAACUGUCAGAACCUGUGCACCUAACAGAGCGAGAGCACAGAUGGCACGAGGAAUCUGCAGCCCAAAACUAUGCUCAAGAGAAUGACAUGCACGUGCCUGUGUCUCCUGACCCGUCUGACACCCUGGAAACAAUGCAGGAACAAAGGCCCUCAGUGAAUAAUUAUGCUGGUGAUGAGGAGGAGGCAGAAGAAUUUGUUGUUCUUGGCUCAGAUCACGAACUGGUGAAAAGGCAACAAGCAGCUCUCAGUAUUGAGCUCAACAAGGAGCUGGAGAGAAUAAACCUUGCACUAAAAGAGAAGCUUGAGUUGGAUAAAGCCAAUGAAUCUGAGAUUGCCGACGGGUUAAUGGAGAUUCACAGAGUUAAUGAGAAUCUGGUCAGGCUACAGUACAAGUUGGAGGAUCUUCACCAGACCAAGGCCCAGGCUGAAAACAAACACCACCAGACACUCAAGCAGCUGGAGUCCAACAAGAGCCAGUUCUCUAGCAUUGCAAACCAGCACAAGCAAAUGAAUGCCAGAGUGUCCCAGCUCCAGUCAGAGAUGGACAGUCUGAUGCGUCAUCUUACUUUCACUCAAGAAGACAGUAAUGAACUUCACUCUAACAUAAAAGCACGGAAGAAAUGCUACACAAAGCAAGAAGCCAAAAAGUUACACGCUGAGGAACAGAAACUAAAGCAGGAUUUAUAUGUGGAACGUCUAACCAAAGACUUGGAGAGACUGACGGAGCAGGCAGCUUUGUACAGCGCUCAGACCAGUGCCCAGGCAGAUGAGACGCAGGCCGCUAAAGAGGCCCUUUCAGAGGCUGAGACAGAAAUGACUUCGUUGUUAAUGGCUCAUAAGCAGCUGUUGCAGCAGUGGAACAGCAGUCUGAUCGGGAUGAGAAGAAGAGGGGAGGCAUACACAGCAAUGCAGGAGGCCGAGCGCAAGCUUGAGCACCAGUUGCUUUCAUUGGACAAUGAGAUUAAAAGCUUUAAGAAAACCAUUACAGCGGCGCAGGAGCAAAAUGAGAUUCUUACAAUGCAGCUGAACAGGGCGCAGAUAGACAAUGCUACCAACAAAUCACUCAUAAAUCAGAAACAAGCUCAGCAAGAGGCUAUGCAGACUCACUACAGCACCAUCCUGCGAACACUGCGAGAGACAGAGCGCACCCUGGCGCAGUUAACCAAGGAAAUCAGUAAUCUUGAAGCUGAAGUGAAAGACCAGAGGAGGCAGAUGGAGAAAGAGAGUGCUCUGCGUCUGGAGUUAGAGGACAAGAUAGAGAGUGCCCUGCAGCAGAAGCUCACUCACAACAAGGCCACCAAGUACUCCCAGAAGCUCUUCAAGAAGCUGUCUGAACACAAGAAGGAAAAGAUUACACAGUUGUGGCAGCUGGAGGAUGAAAUUGUAGCCGCUGAUUUGGAAAACAGUGAAAUCGGCCAAAAUCUGGACAACUUGGAGUUCACCCAGAAGACACUGGAUGAAGAAUUGGCAAAGAUGGACAAAUUACUCUCUGACAAAACAAGCAAGAUAUCUUCAUCUCUGUUUUUAAUUGGGCAGAAGCAAAAUAUUAUAACAAAAAUCAAGAAAAAGAUAGCUCAGAUUGCAGCUGCUACCGGGACUGAGGAUCUUAGCCCAAUGCAAAUCAAAGCAGAUGCAAUGAAGGUGCAGAUAGAGGAACUGGAGGCAAAUAAAAAUCGUGAGCACCAACUUUGGAUCCAGAAACAACACACUCUGGUGGGACUGACUCAGGAACUGGAGAAAACCAGCAAGAACAUCCUUCAACUAGAGACUGAGUACACAUGCCUACAGCAGGAGAAGAUACGCAUAGAAAAUUUGAUUGAAGGAGAAUGCAGAGAUGGACAGAACAUGCAAAAGAACACUCAGGUGCUGAGAAGAGAUUUAAACCGACUGAGCACUCUCCUGAGUAAGAACAUACAGCUGAGCCAAACACUGAAGCAGGACAAUGCACUAAUGCAGACAGACUUCGCCAAAAAACUACAGGAGGAGGAGCUAAAGUCCAGCCAGAUGAGAAUGAAAUGGGAAAAAACAACAGAAGAAAAAGAAAGACUUUCCAAAUGUCUUGUUGAAGCAGAGCGGCAGAUCAUGUUGUGGGAGAAGAAGAUCCAGAUUGUUAAAGAGACGUACGCUGCAGUGCAAGGGGUGGGAGAACAGGCCGACAUUCAGAGGAUGAAGGCAGAGAUACAUCGCAUGGAGGUGCGUUUGACUCAGCUGAUGAGGGACCGGGAGCGACUGCUGAGAGAGAGCGAGGCGGUAGUGGCUCGACGUGAGACCAUCGUGUUACGUCGAGAAUCUCUCCUCCGCAGUUCUCCAUACAAACAGAGCACCAAGGGACAACUGCAGAGGCUCAACCAGAGCCUUCAGCGCAAAAUCAACACCACACAUAAACAAAUGACGGAGUGUGAGCAAGUGAUCGGAGAGCUGCAGGAGAGCCAGCUGAGUGUGGGCAGCCGUCUCUCACAGCAGAAGCAGCAGAUCAUAGACCUCUGCGGAAACAGCUUUGCCCUAGAGCAGGACUUAGCCAAUCUCCAGGACACUAAAAAGAGGAAAUUGUCCCAUCUGGUGGUCCUCCAGAACAGGUCCAAGAAGCUGCAGAGCGUGAAGGACAACAGCUACAAACCUGUGUCGAACAUUGAGUCCAUUGGAGCUGCCCUCCACAAUCAGACAGAGAGAGUGAGCACAAUCAGCACCAUCCUGCAGCGAGUGUGUGAGGACUUCCCCCAACACCAGGGGGCGCUGCGCCAGCUGACUCUGGCACUGUCUGUUCAUGCACAGUAGAAAGUCCCUGUUCUACAGGUAUCCUGACUGUGAGUAUGUGACAAAAUGACCAGUGGACAAUAUGAAUUACGCUUUGCUACAACAACUGUGUAGUCUUUUCUUUGAAUAAGCUACAAAUUCCACACACCUAUUUUCUAGGUAUAAUACUCCCAUUGGAUGACUUAAGUUGUUAAAAUUGUAGCAUGUAUUGUUUUUAAUGACUCACAGACCAAUGACCUUGACUGAAGAAUAUUGUAAUUCAAACUAAGACUUUUAUUAACAUAAUUAUUUGUUAUAAUUGUUUUGUUUGUAUUUACCUCAAGCUUCUGCAAACUUGUCAUCACUCUGCCUUUUGUCUGUGCUGUACUAUUCCUACUUUGCAACAAAUUAUGAUUAAAUGUAUAUU